AGAUGAGCCUGCAGCCAUAAUAUUUCAGUGUUAUAUAGCAUCAUAUCAGUGCGUAUUUUCACAGGCUCCUGGAAACCCUCCCUGGUGGGGUGGUCUGGACAAGUUCCACUGAAAGGAGACCCCGGGGAAGACCUGGAGAUGCUGGAGGGACUAUGUCUUCUGACUGUCCUAGGAACACUUAAGAAUCCCUCCCAGAUGACCUGGAAAAGAGUACAUGUCAGGGUGAAAGACGACAUGUCGAGGUGAAAGAAGACAUGUCGGGGUAAAAGAGGACAUGUCGGACUGAGGACUGGUCACCUGUGAGAACCAGGAAGCAGUUUUUUCCCCUGUUUUUUUCUUUGAAGGCAUCAGUCACCUUUCAUCCAGACAAGGACAGUACACAGCCAGAAAAGGCGGAGCUAAGGGCUCAGCUUUACCUUUCAUUAAUGUGUCACAGCUGGUCUCAGCAGUUCAGUCCAAAUCACACCAUGUUUGUUACAAUACUGCUGUUAUGGCUCUGUGUUUGCUUCAUCGUCCUCCAAUUCAAGUCUCGGAGGCCCAAGAACUUUCCACCGGGACCCCCUGUCCUACCCAUACUGGGGAACCUGCUGCACCUGAACCUAGAGAACCCUUUAAAGGACUUUGAGAGGCUGAGACAGUCCUAUGGAAACGUCUACAGUCUGUUCAUUGGUCCCAAACCAGCUGUCGUUAUCAACAGGCUGAAGGCUAUGAAGGAGGCCAUGGUGAUCAAGGCGGCAGAUUACGCUGGACGACCCCAAGACCGGUUGAUGAAUGAUGUCACCCAGAGGAGAGGAGUGCUGCUGGCCGACUAUGGCUCCAGUUGGAGGGACCAUCGUCGCUUUGCUCUGAUGACUUUAAGGAACUUUGGUCUGGGAAAGAAGUCAAUGGAGGAUAGAAUCCAUGAUGAGGUUCAAUACAUUAUAAAAAUACUUGAAACCAGCAUUGGAAACACUCUAAGUCCUGUGGUCAUGUUCCAUAAUGCAGCCUCUAACAUCAUCUGCCAGGUUCUGUUUGGUAAACGCUACGAGUAUGAUGAUGAGACAAUUAAAACAAUUGUUUGGUGUUUUUAUGAGAAUACCAGAGUAAUCAAUGGACCAUGGGCUAUGAUAUAUAACUCUCUAUCCAUGAUUCGCAAACUGCCACUGCCAUUCAGGAAGGCCUUUAAGAAUUAUGAGACCUGUGUUAAUAUUGUGACACAUUUGGUAAAUGAGCACAAGAUGACCAGAGUCCCUGGAGAGCCACGACAUUUUGUUGACUGCUAUCUGGAUGAACUGGAUAGAAGAGGAGGCCGGGAUUCUUCAUUUUCAGAGGAAGAACUUAUAUCUAUGUCCCUGGAUCUUUACAUCGCUGGAACUGACACCACCUCCAACACCCUGCUGACAGCUUUCCUUUACCUGAUGAACCACCCACACAUACAAGAGCGGUGUCAGCGGGAGAUCGACCAGGUGUUGGAGGGAAAGGAUCGACCCAGUUUUGAGGACAGAAACAACAUGCCGUACAUGCAGGCUGUGAUCCAUGAAAUCCAGAGGAUCGCCAACACUGCUCCUCUCAGCGUCUUCCAUUGCACAACUAAAGACACCGAGCUGAUGGGAUACUCCAUUCCCAAGGGUACAAUGAUCAUCCAGAACCUGACCUCAGUCCUGAGCGAGGAGGGACAGUGGAAGUUCCCUCAUGAGUUCAACCCUGAAAACUUCCUGAAUGAGAAGGGAGAGUUUGUUAAACCAGAGGCCUUCAUGCCUUUCUCUACAGGUCCUCGGAUGUGUCUGGGAGAGGGUCUGGCUCGUAUGGAGCUCUUCCUCAUCUUGGUGACUUUGCUGAGGAAGUUUAAGUUCAUCUGGCCUGAAGAUGCUGGAGAACCAGACUUUACUCCCAUUUUUGGAAUUACUCUGACUCCCAAACCUUAUCGGAUGAAGGUCCAGCUGAGAUCAGAGCAGUGACCAGUGGCCUUAGAUGAAGGUCCAGCUGAGAUCAGAGCAGUGACCAGUGGC